CGUAAUCACGGUUCUCAUUCUCCUCAGCCCGCAGCAUCAAUCGUGUGCCAAUCCAAUUUCCCUGUUUAACGAAGAUGUUCAAUUUUGGGAAAUACAAACUAACAACGCUCUGACAGCCCUGUGGAUGGGAAGCUGUCCUGUCACAUGACAGCACACACAGCGGCCGGGCUGCAGCGCUCGGAUCUUGUGCACACGAUGGCUGCUCUGGUUCUGGGCGGGUCCGGUCCGGUCCAGGAGAGCAAGGGGCAGCUGAUGGAGCGGAUACUGCAGGAGCCAGAUCAAGAGGGGUGCGUCAGAGUGCUGGGGUGCUUGCUCAGGUCCUCGGACUCCCGGUUGUGCAGUACAGCAGCCUACCUCUUGGGGGUGCUGGUGGAGAGAGAGGGCUGGGUGCAGGAGGCCCUGGAGGGGCCGCAGGGGGACAGUGCCGGGCUGGUGGGGGCCUUAGGGGGGCUCCUGACACACGAUGACCCGGACACUGUGACGAACGCCGCCGGGGCCAUCGCCUCAUUGGUGGGGAGCAGUGUGGGGCGCUGCGGGCUCCUGAGGGAGGAGGAGGCGUUUGGGGAGGUGCUGGCCAGCCUGCCCAGGCUGCUGGGAGAGGAGCAGGAGGGCACGGCGAACUACGCCGCCCUGGUGGUGGCCCGGCUGUCCCUCUGUGAGGAGGCCUGCAGGCGUCUGCUGCACCACCGCUCUGCCGCCAAAACACUGAGGGGCCUGGCACUGUGCCUGGCCCACAGCCACACAGACACCGCCAUGAAUGCUGCGUUUGCCGUGGGCCGUCUCUGUGGAGCCGAGGAGGGAAGGAGCCUGAUACUGGCCCUGGAACAAGAACACCAGCUGGUCAGCAGUCUUCAAGCCCUUCUCUGUGAGGGGAGGUGGCCAGGGGCGGGACAGACUGCCUGCUUUGCCCUGAGUUGCCUAGUAACAGAAGCAGAUGGCCACGCCCUGGUCCUGGAAAGCCCCGCCUUCCCCCACCUGCUGGAUGGGCUACUGCGCCACCUAUUGGAGGAGGAGCACGACAGUGCCUGGUUCGCAGCCCUGACAGUGAAGGUGUUGGUGUCCCGACCCAGGGGAGUGUUGUCCGUGAGAAAGCACUCUCUGUUAGAGGAGCGACUGCAGUCUCUCUCUCAGUCACACUCAAUCAGCCAGGAGCUUCAAGAGGAAGUGAGUGCCUGUCUGAGGAGGUUACAGCGCCUCUCCAAACCCUUUCCCCCGAAAACGAGCUGGCUUCGCUCAGGUUCCUACAUGGUAUCGUGGGAGAAAUGCACUCCUGAGAGCGGGCUGGAGGUCACAUACAGCCUCCUGGACAGAGACAAGGUUUUGUACAGGGGUACCCACUGUCACCUGACCCUUCCCAACUCGGCGCUCCAAUCCGGAGGCACCCUCUCUCUCCUCCUUGUCCAGUCCACUGAUGGCGGUGACAUCAGCCCCUGCAGUGAGCCCACCCUAUUGGCUGUGGAAAGCAAAGGGGUGGAGCUAGUACCUGGUCCACCACAGCAGCUGCGUGUGAUUGGCUGCACUCCGACUCAGGCUCGGCUGAGCUGGGCUGCCCCGCAGGGAGGGGUCAAACCCAGAAUGUAUCAGCUGUAUCGUGGGGAAACACUGCUGGAUACAACCACAGAGCUGGGGGCGAUCGUGGGGGGCCUGUCUCCCGGGACGCUGUACCAGCUGGGGGUGUGUGCGGUGGGACCGGGGGACGCAGCAGGGGAGCGAGCCACAGUGGACGCCCGGACGUCCGAGUGCCAUGACCACGCCCCUUCAGGGCUGGCGAUGACAGUGCUGGGUCGCCACGAGCUGCUGGUCAGCUGGGGGGCCCCCGCCCUCCCCUUGGGGCGCCUCUUUAACUACGAAUUGCGGCUGAACGGGCGCGUGGCCUAUUUGGGCACCGAGCGGGCCUACACCGCCCGUCGGCUCACAGCCAACACCGCCUACACCUGCACAGUCACCGCCAUCACCUCCAGGGGCCGCUGCCAAAGCCGGCCGGUCACCAAACGCACCGCCCGAGACGAGUACGAGCACACGCAGAGGUGUCUGUACUCACCAUCCCGCCAACUGGCCACACACACUCCUGCCUCUUCUUCUCCAAUCAGAGAGGUCACAGAGGUCAGGGAAAAGGUCAAAAAGUCACUGUCUACUCAUGGCCAUCAUCCAAGGGGCCAGAUGUCUGCUCAAAGUGAGAGAGGAAUGACCGGCACCAGAGACAGGCGCAGGCCGUCUUCAAUUUUGGUGCAUUCCCCUGGAUCUGACAGCAGCCACGUGUCCAUCCCAUCUACAGAGGUGGCUGAGGGUGCUGUGAGUGACAUAAAGGCCUUGUGGAGGAACACGAGAGGGGGUGUUGAGGGGAGGGUCAAAUCCAAGAGUGCUUCACACCGUUCCCGACUGGCCCGCCAUGCUGGGACUGAGGGGGACUCACUGCUCCAACAAACUCCUCAUACCACACCACACCCUGUGGGCCCCACACCACACCCUGUGGGCCCGAGACCAAUGGGGGACAGAGUCAACAUGGGAGUGCUGCUGCAGCAUAGUGCUCCUCCUGGAGGUGGCGACAGUGAGCGGGGGACUCUGCCCAGGAUUACACAGCAUGUCCGGUUGGUGAAAUGCAUCCAGCCUGUGCACCACGUCUGGUCAGAACCGGUCCGGCUCACUCUGGACUGGAGGGAACAGAAACACAGCCGGAUGCUGGCAGAAAGGUCCAAAAUCAUGAGGCAGUCCACAGUAAGGAGUGAAAUCAGGCCGGGUCAUUCCAUGAGAACAAACCGGACCAUACUGAGCUGAAGCCCGCUGCAGUGGGCUGUACCAACAAUCAUGGGGUGGGGGCAUCAACUAAGUGCAGUGGACCAUACUUCUUCAACUUCUUGUAGUGGACUGUAGCAACUGUUAGAAAUCGUGAGGGUAUAUCAACCGAGUGAUCUCCAAAGUGAAAGUGAGACACCGCCUGAGGAGCACGAGUGAGUCAGC